AUGACAUACUCAAUCCAGAGUAGACGCUUCCACCUGGGGGAAUGGCGUCUCUUUGUCUUAUUCGCUCUUUUCAAUAUUUUCACUACGGCCACUGCUCAGUUUUAUGUUUGCAAUUCUACCAGUCCCUGUGUUAACGGUGCAUGCUGCGGUGUCAAGCCUGGUGAAGCUCAGGGUAUGCCAAAUGCCCCCCUGAACGUCUGCUGUUCAGAAUUUGGAUUCUGCGGAACAACCAGCGAGUUCUGCGGCGAUGGAUGCCAGAGUAACUGCGGUCGACCUACAGAGCCGUCCUGCUCAUCUAAUGAUGUGCUGAAAAAGGUCAUCGGAUACUAUGAGAGUUGGUCGAGUAACAGCCGCAAGUGUGAUGGUUGGACACCUGACCAGCUGCCCUCGUUUGCGAAGGACCUUCUCCAGACCUUGCAGAAGUAUGGAUUGGAUGGAGUAGAUCUAGACUGGGAGUAUCCUGGUUCCAGUGAUCGAGGAGGAAGCAGUGACGAUACCGAGAACUUUGCCAAGUUGCUCAGAGCCAUUCGAGAUGAGUUCGAUGCGAGUGGAAACAACUACGAGCUUUCUUUCACUAUUCCCUCCAGUUACUGGUAUCUUAGAUACUUUGAUGUGCCCAGGUACCUUGCUAGUGGUGCCGACUGGUGUAAUAUGAUGUCCUAUGAUCUCCACGGUGUCUGGGAUGGUCACAAUCUGUAUAUCGGCAAGGUUGUCGGCGCACACACUAACUUGACUGAGAUCGCCGAGGCAAUGGAUCUCCUGUGGAGAAACGACGUCGAUCCAUCCAAGGUUGUACUGGGAAUUGGUUUCUACGGUCGAUCAUUCACGCUCUCUGAUUCCAGUUGCAGCACCCCCGGUUGUCCCUUUAGCGGAGGAGGCGCAAAUGGCACCUGCACCCAGACAUCUGGUAUCCUGUCAUACAAAGAGAUCCAGGAGAUCAUUGCUGAUUCGGACAAUGUUCCUGUUUGGGAAAAGGAAGCGGCAGUCAUGUAUCUCACCUGGGAUGAGAACCAGUGGGUCUCGUUCGACACGAACCAGACUUUCAAGCAGAAGGUCGACUACGCAAAUAACCAUUGUCUCGGCGGUGAUACAUAUGACUGGCAAGCUCUGAGUGCUUUUUUGGGUAAGAGCGUUGAUGGAGCUUCUUUGCUUGAAGGGUCGAACUCAGAUGGUGAAAACGCGGAGAGUCUGGUGCACUCUUAUAAUGCAUACACAGGCGCUGAUUGCUACAUCAGUGACUGCGUGGACUGGAAUACUGGGUCAUGUAGAACGGGAUACAGCAUCCUGGAUUACGUCCACAAAGGAUCUCCUGAAAAUGAAGAUGAGGACUCUCAAUAUCGCCUCAUCUGCUGUCCCACCAACGCAUUGCCAACAUGCUCCUGGAUUGGAGGAUCUCCAGAUGGCUUCUGUACUGGUGGAAAAGACGAUACGUGCGGAAACAACAAGUUUGAACUCGUUCGAGACCACUACAACGACCGAACUGGUUCGUCUCCCUGCACUGUCAACUCUCGGUCGCUAUGCUGUGCCACGCUUCCCCAGUUGGAUCAAUGUUCGUGGACUGGUUGCAAUGAAGCCUGUGAGGAUGGCUGGUACGGAUUCCAAAAUAUGUCUCUCAACGCAGGACCAAAUUUAAACCAGAACAAUGAAGAGUGUGCUGGAACGUCCAAAUUCUGCUGUCCCUCGAAAUCAACGCUCCAAAACUGCGAAUGGGGAAACUGCGGUGACUCCUGUCCGGAUAACAAACUGCUUGUCACACGCCGCGACCAACUCUGGACACCAGGCCAUGGAGUCAUCGACUCCCAAGAGUUCUUUUGCGCUAAAGGUAAAAUGAUGAGCAUGUGCUGCGAUCCUCCCAGUGCAGCCGACAAUGUACCGGUUGAUCCGGCCGAUCUGUUCGAGUACCCUGAUGAAGACAACGUGAGCUGGUACGGUAAAUCCGAGCCGGCAGCGAACAAUGAAGCAUCUGAUAUUGAGGACGAGGAUCCGUUCGCUUUUGUUAUGAUCGACGGUGACACUGAUGCCUAUGAUCAGUCACUGGUUGAUCAGUGGUCGUUCCUGGAUGAUAAUGGUGGUGCGUUGCAUAGCAAGCGUUCCUCAGCAGAGCACAACUUGUUUGGCUCGCGGAAUGAUACAUUUGACAAUGUCGAGGAGACGUACCAAAUCAAGUGCAACAGUUUGCUAAGGAACGAUACUUCAUGUCACUCGAUCUUCUCUGGAGGUGCUUCGAAUACGAUUGUCAAGAUGCCUUCCAACGUUGGGGCUGCCGGCCCUUAUGCACGAGUCAUCAGUCUGACACGUCAAGGAUCGACAACCAAGAGAAGCAAUUUGCUUCCUCGAUCUGCCGACCAGGUCUAUAAAAUGAAGGUCGACUAUGAUCUGGGAGCUGCUGCGUCUGAAUCCAAGGGCGAUGUCAACUUUCACAUUGAUUAUACCAAUCUGCAGGAAUACUGGGACAAAAUCACCGACAGUCCAGCCAAGCACAAGAGAUGGUUCGGAGACUUUGACACAUGGCUUGAGAAAGUGACAAGCAUCGUUCAAGACGAAAAGGGUUAUCUCCCUCUCACAUACGAGGGUGACGCAAAACUUCUGGAGUUGACACAGAACUGCUCCGGCGACAGUCCAUACAAACUCGACCUCGACGUUAACAUGAAAGUCGGACUCCACGCACAAUACGCAUACUAUUUUGAAGGAGCCAUCCUGCCAGCUCCCAAGUUUAUCGCGGCUUAUUCGUACUUUUCCGUCGAGCCUAGUGCAGAGAUUCUCUUCCAACUCAGUGGAGAAGCUACCUUCCAGUCUACAACUGGCGAGGCGGACCUGAUCGAAGGUAUUCCGUUCUCCGGCAUGUCCAUCAAGGGUUUAAUCAACCUCGGACCAGAGUUGGCAAUUACCGGGUCGAUAGACACCUCUCUCACCUUCGCGGGUGAGCUUCAGGCUGGUGUCUCAGCCAACUGGAAGAAAACGGAGGUCUACUUCCCUCAGAGUUCAGCUGGACAAGAUGCCACAGUCAAGCCGUCUGGUAUCAAGCCUUAUCUCGACCAAAAUGAUGAACCUGAAUACUUGAUCACUCCCGAGUUCGAGGCCUCUGCCACCGCAUCGGGACAUAUUAAUUUCAACCUCACCCCCAAAGUGCGAUUCGGAAUCUCUGUUCUGGGAGGAAAGCUGUCUGGCGGCUUUGUCACUGCCGGUGUGGAGAAUACCAUCAGUGUUGGCUUUGAUUCGAGCAGCACGACUGGUUUCUGCUACUGGGCCGAUUAUCUCUACAGUCUCUUUGUUCAAGCUGAGGUUAAGUUCCCCGGCGACCUGUCGUACUGGGGCUCUGACAAAUUCGACCUCGCCUCGCCAGACAAUCCCAUUACUCUCAUUGACAAUUCUUGCGUCCCCUGGGAGAAAAAUGUCACUAUCACACCGAGAGGCGGCACCCCUGGCGAUACGGACUUGGGCGAAAACUACGACUCCUUUGUAGCUGGUGAUAUCGCCGGUGCCCCCGACACCAAGAAUGACGGCGAACCCAUCUUUAGCGCGCUUCUCGCAUGUCCCGGAAGGAACGACACAGUUCCAGACGAUGCAUACUCGUGUGGCUCUCAAUCGUCGUCCAAGAGAGCUGUUUCGGGCUGCUCUCUCCCUCCGGCUCUCUUUUACAACUGCGACUAUUUCCCCGACCUGGUGAUGGAAAAUAACGACCAAAAUACCAACCAGAACAACCCAACCCAGACUCUCACUGGUAUCUGCAAAAAUGUGAAAAACUACCUCGAUAGCCAUCAAAACGACCCUGGCGUGGGAUCAAACUAUAUGCUGCUCACAUACUGGAAAGGCUCGAAUAACCCGGCCAAUAACAGAGAUCAGGCCUGUGACAGGCCAGGAGCGAAGACAAUGCCUGGAUGGACGGAUAACAUGUCUUGUGACGAGUUUCCUUUUAAUGCCUGCCACCAAGGAGGUGCUGGGGCUGAAACUGCCUGCGCACCAGCCGCCCAGCAAGACUACCAAUGGCAAAUAAACAGUAUACUUUCCAAACUCCGAGACUCGGAAAACGGCGGCAACCCGUGGUCAAAUGAAGACUACUACAAAACAAAGGCCAACGACGUUAGACUAUUCAGCACGAAUCUCUACUUCUGGAGCCAAACGGGCAACGACAUCGGAGGUCUAGGAGGGGCAUUCAACCCCAACGCCGCAAAUGGAAACAACCCCAGCGUCAAUCCCGGAUUCGAUAUGCGAUUCGUCAUUGGUGGCGUUAAUCUGCAUAGUGAUCGAUUCUACAUCAGCAAGAAUAAAAAGGGGGCUAACGCGCUCUGCGUGGCGAGGCCGUCCCUCCUGGAAGUCGAUAAUAAAAAUAAGAACAUCAAGACCCUUCCGGUAAAGCUAUGCACCGUCGUCUUCAUGACCGCUGCGGACUUGACCAAGCGUGACCUGGAUCCGCGUAACUCGAAUGACUGGAUGGUUGAAGAUGUCAUCUGGCACGAUUAUGAGGAUCCAGAGGAUCUCAUGGAUGCAUUGGAACAGCUGGGACUGGCUGGUCAUGACGAUUAUGACAAAAUGCCUGUUGUUUCUAAUGGCCAGGCCCGAGUGCAUCUUGGCCAUGGGCAUGGACAUGGCCGUCAUUGAUUUAUUUUGCC